GUAUUACUACUAGUAGUAGUAAUAUAUUUUUUAUCUCUUAAGCUUUGAAUGAGUUUGUAACGCAAGCCCAACCAAGAUGUCUUUGAUAUUUGUAUCGAAUUUACCAAAGGAGGAUUCGAUCGAAUUUAUUCAGGAAUUUCUUGAGGCCUCGUUUCCUUCCCGGACAUCCAUCAGAAUACUGCGCAGUGGGCAGGGACACAAGGGACACGCGUACGUUCACUUCAGCGACGAGAGGGCGGCGCAGACGGCCGCUGAGCCGUACACCGUUGUGCAUAGGAGUGGGACUGGUAAAGAGUCAGUCACGCCAUUAAUAUACAAAGACGGCCGAACGGAGCUGCGACUUCGAGUUUGCGGGGACCGAGGUGUGCUGAAAAACGAGAAUGUAGAUGAAGGAACACGGCCUCCUGUGCCCUUUUCCACACCCAACGCUCUUAUCGCCGCAAUAGAGGGUAUGCCUUUACCUCCCCAUUGUGCGGAUAUUGUGACAUACAAGCGGUGCCGCUAUGUUCUCGCACCAUCUUCUGAUAAAGAGGAGAGUAUUGUCAAGGAAGAUAAUAAGAAUCACCUUUUGAUGAUGCAUCGGAUUACCACAGUAGAGGAAGAUUUAUACCCCGCAAAGAUUUGCGUUGCCCUUGUGUCUGAUGACGAAGAAAAUAAACCUGAGGAAGGUCACUUCAUCGAUGUUUCGGUUUCCCGUUGUGGUCCGCCAUCGCUGAAGGCGCUGAUUAGACCAGCAUGUGGGCUCAGGGAGCAAAUUCGGUUCAGUGAAGGGUGGUGUGUAGAAAAAGAUCAACCACGAAGACCGAGACAUGAAGUUGAUGCCGAAGAAGCAGAAUCGAUCUUAGACACGAGUGGGGGAUACUUUCAGGGAAACGAGCACGCACCUCAACCGAAGCCGGAAUUAGAGUCGGAGAUGAAGUGCAUGCAGGGCUGUAGUUGGUUAUCGCCCUCAGAAACGCUCGAUGAAUUACGAUCAUUUUUUGAUGGGGAGGGACGUGUGGCGGUCAAGGAUAGAUAUGGGUCUGUCACGGUGAUGAACCUUCCAGCAUAUGUUGCGUCAUUAGAGUAAGAGGCCUAUAGUGUUCAUUCUUCCCCCCUCCCCCCCCUCCCUUUGCAACGCACAUAAGGAAAAACGUUCAGAGGAAAUAA